GAGUUGCAAGCAAUAAUGGAAGCAAGUGGAGGCGGUGAUAUGCCGGUGAGUGUCGGUGCAGGGGAGCGGAGGAUGAAGAUGAAGGUGAUGGUGGCGGUUGAUGAAAGUGAUUGCAGCUUCCAUGCUCUUAAGUGGGCCCUUGACAACGUCUUAAACAACAUGACCACUACUGCAACACCAGAUGAAAAUAUUGAAGAUGGCGGCGGCAUGGUGUUCUUGGUUCAUGUUGAGCCCGCUUUCCACCCUGCUGUGUAUCCGAUUGGAACCUCGGCUUUGUAUCCUGCGUCUGCAUCGUUGGAGGAUUUGAUGAGGAAGGCCCAAAGAGAAAAAUCAACAUCCACUCUUUCACGGGCACUGCAAAUGUGCAGGGAUAACCAGAUAAAAGCAGAAAGUAUCAUUCUUACUGGAGAUGCAAGGGAAAUGAUUUGUCAGGCUGCAGAUCAGAUGCACGUUGAUCUUUUAAUCAUGGGUAGCCGUGGCCUUGGCAUGCUCAAAAGGACAUUUCUUGGAAGUGUGAGUGACUAUUGUGCACAUCAUGCAAAAACGCCGAUACUCAUUGUGAAACCACCAGAGGAUAAGGAGCACAAAAAGAAGAAGUAACAAAAUUAGCAACAAAAUCAGCGUAUAAUAUAUAUGUUUAAGCUAGCACGCCUUUGUAAUGGAUGAGUGUGGCCGGAAAUAAAUAUUUUCAUGUUGCUUUC